AGUCAACAAUUUGAUUGUGAUAUUUUGAAUCCAAGAUGUCGAGAAUACUAUCGACAAAUGACUUAUACAACAACCAUUAAGAGUAAAACAUUUCGAUGUUUACAAAAAGAUUUAUGGCUUAUUCCAGGCAAAGCUGAUGCUAGCUGUUCUCGACCGGGAGGCAAAAAGAUAUUAGAGGUGGAUCCACGACAAGUAGUCAUUCAUCCAAAGAUUGUAAAACUUCCUGGUUGUUUCAACCUUGAAAUUAAAAAUAUUCGAGUACUGGAUAAUCGUAAUGCAAUCGGAAACAGUUUCUUUGCAAAAGUUGAGCAUCAAUGGUGGAAUGUGAAAGAUUUCGCAGAUUUGAAAUGUCAAAAUGCUAGCAGUAAUGGAUGUGGUGGUUAUGGAAAUAAUUGCUAUUAUUGUGACAUUUGCGAAAGUUUGCAUCACUUACAAGAAGAACACGGGAAGUCAGCAUUAACAGAUCAAUUAAAAGGAAUUACCUGUCCAAAACAUCCAGGAUUCUACACCUUCAGGAAAGAAUUUUGCUUCAAUGACUGGUCUGCUUUUGACAAUAACGGUGAUUGUCAAUUUGAUUUCCUUCAAGGUGACAAAUUUUCUGACUAUCGAUCUGCACUUUCGUCUUUGCAACAAGUUGGAUAUGGUACCGUGGUGGCAAAACUACGUUUGGCAGCAAAUGCAACAAGUGAAAUUGUUGAGAGAAAACGAAUCAAAGAGGCACUAAUUGAAGAAACCAUACGAAAAGAACUAGAAGAAAGAGGGAAAGGUUGGAAUAUUGAUAGUGAACAGUUUGAAAAAUUCCGACAAUGGUAUACCAACUAUCGCAAGGAUACAUGGCAUAGAGAAGAAUACUUACCAUGGCUUUUAUAUGAGAAUGAAAUUUCAUGCAUACGGCUCACUUUCGACGUUUGUGAACGAAUCCCGAAACGUAAUCCAUUUACUGGUCAGUUAACAUGCUUUUAGAAUUAGUGCUAUUCGAUUCGACACAUACCAAAACGCUUAGCAGUGCAUGGUGAUCUCCAGCUGAUGAUGGACAAUUUCAAAAAACUACUAAGGAGAUUAAAUUUCAUUUUUAAUGCGCUCAUUGUUCCAACUCAUAGCAUUAUCAGUUCAUAGGAAUUUUCCAUGUAUACAGGACCGGGUAAAAGGAGACUUAGAUUUCACAAAUACU